UCUGACGUCGCCAGAUAGUGGAAUGAAUGGGCAGUCUCUUUAACGAAGGUGUCGUGUCGUCGGUCGCGUUUCAAACAUGACUUGAAGGCGUGAGCCGUUAUUGUGUUCACGGCGCGUCGGUCUUGGGGAAAUCUCUCGCCCUUGCUGGCAAGGGUACCAUGGCAGCAAGGAUGAAGCUGAAGCUGAAGACUGUGUUUGUUCUCUACUUCAUGGUGUCCCUCAUGGGCCUCAUCUAUGCCCUGAUGCAGCUGGGUCAGCGGUGCGACUGCACGGAGCAUGACAUGCCCAAGGACCGUACCAUCUCUAGGCUGCGGGGGGAGCUGCACCGUCUUCAGGAGCAGAUGAAGAAGACAGAAGCAACCAAACCUCCACAGAUGCUACCAGCUAAGCAGUCUCUGCCUACCAUCUUUGUCAUCACUCCUACGUAUGCGAGAUUGGUGCAGAAGGCGGAGUUGACCCGUUUGUCUCAAACGUUCCUCCACGUCCCUCAACUGCACUGGAUCCUGGUUGAGGAUUCACCCCACAAGACCCCGCUAGUGACCAACUUCCUUGCCAAGAGCGGCUUGACCUACACACACCUACACACUCCGACACCCAAGGACCGGAAAUUGCAGGAGGGUGACCCUAGCUGGCUAAAGCCCCGUGGAGCAGAGCAGAGGAAUGAAGGUCUACGAUGGCUCAGAGAGGACAGAAGGGCUCAGCUGGGAGCAGACAGCCAGCAGGGAGUGGUGUACUUCGCUGAUGAUGAUAACACAUACAGCCUACAGCUGUUUGAAGAGAUGAGGAGCACUCAGCGUGUGUCAGUAUGGCCGGUGGGCCUGGUUGGUGGAAUGAGGUACGAGAGGCCAGUGGUUGAAGGGGGAAAGGUGGUGCGCUUUCACACCGGCUGGCGUCCCAGUCGGCCUUUCCCAUUGGACAUGGCUGGGUUCGCUGUCUCCCUCAAGUUGGUCCUAGCCAAUCAGGAUGCUUGUUUUGAUGGAGACGCACCGAUGGGCUUCCUAGAAAGCAGCUUUCUGCAGGGAUUGGCUACCAUGGAAGAACUGGAGCCCAAAGCGGACAACUGUACUAAGGUUCUGGUUUGGCACACACGGACAGAGAAGCCAAAGAUGAAGCGAGAGGAGGCUCUGCAGGCUCAGGGCCUGGGCUCUGACACGACUGUGGAGAGCUUCAAAUGAACUACCGGAGUUGUAGUUGACUCCCUCAGCGGUUGUGCAUCCUGAGAGACGGGGAAUAAAGGCUAAGCAAAACACUAUAAGACAGGCACCCCGUGCAGGCUGCUCUGUGUACAUGUGCCGCUGCUGUGUGAUCAUGGAGACGGACAGUGCCUGCUCGAGUUCCUCGUGCCUGUAAGACAACGCUCUUCUGGUGUAUGAUAUAUUUAUUCAUGUAAUAUUGCUUUUUAUGUUGUACAAUGUGACUGUUGUCUGAACUGUCUGCCUUCGGCCUCGGGUAAUAAUAAAUCAGUGUC